AUGACAACCAUAGAUCUCUCAAGCAACCAUUUUGAAGGUGCCAUUCCGAAAACACCAAAGGAUCUCCGCUCACUUUGGCUACUCAAUUUAUCCCAUAACAAUCUCAAAGGAGAUAUUCCAAGGGAACUUGGAAAAUUGAAUAUGCUUGAAGCUUUAGAUCUCUCUUGGAAUCAACUCACUGGAAAGAUUCCACAGGAAUUGACAAGAAUUAACUUUCUGGAGUUCUUAAACCUCUCUCAAAAUCAUCUCGUCGGACCAAUUCCUCAAGAUUCACAAUUCAACACAUUUGAAAAUGACUCGUAUGGCGGCAACCUUGAUUUAUGCGGUCUUCCUUUAUCAAAGCAAUGUAGAAUGAGUGAUUCAUCACAUGUUCCUCAACCAUUGGAGUCUAAAGAAGAUGAAGGCGAGUCAUAUUUUUUUAGUGGAUUUACGUGGGAAUCAGUAGUCAUAGGCUACAGUUUUGGACUAGUUGUUGGAACUGUCAUGUGGAGCCUCAUGUUUAAAUAUCGUAAGCCAAAAUGGUUUGUGGAAUUUUUCGAAGGCAUUUUUCCCAAGAAAAUGAGAAGGCCAAAGAAGAGAGCUUAG